AUGACAUCGCUAGGAAUUAUGACACUGAGCCGUGGUCCAUACAGCGAGCUCGAUAAAAUGAGCCUUUUUCAAGACUUGAAACUGAAGCGUAGAAAAGUCGACUCACGAUGUAGCAGCGACGGUGAAUCAAUAGCUGACACGAACACAUCAUCACCGGAUCUUCUGCAGCCACUUUCGCCGAAAAUGUGCGAUCAACAGCAGCAGCAACAGCAGCAGCAGCAGCAAGAAAACUCGGAUUCGCAGUACCUGCCGCAGCCCGAUAACUCGACAGUUGGAGCAACAACUGAAAGCUUAUCGUCGUCUGCGCCAGGCGACGAUCCGGCCCAGGUUGCGUCUACUGCUACUACUGCUGUUACUACCGCAUCUGUUGAUACCGAAACCACCGCCAGGCUCGCCGGUGUUAGCCGGCUAAGCCAUGGCGGCGGUAAAGGUAGCGUGGAGGAAGAUGCCGACGGUAAACAGAAAAGUAAACCUGAAGAUUACUACAACCUCGCGUUCUCGAUGCCAGCACCGAAACUGCCGUUAUUCGAUAAUAGCUGUGGUACUACGACUACGACGAUAACAUCAGUGGUAGCGGCCAGUGCGAAGGACGACUUGCUAAGCAGCGACGUAGUAUCGCCCGAUUCGUCCCCCGGACCGGACAUUAACCAGCCGUGUGGCACUACGACGUGCGCCACGGUAUCGUGCACUGGCAGUGGCGGUGGCGGCGCGAGCGUAAUCCGUUCUGUGGCCGACGAACGGCUGCCCGGUCGGUCGGUAACUCCAUUGACUACGGCGGCAAACAUCAACAGCGGUUGUUGUGAUAGUAGCAAUAGUACUAGUAGUAGUAGCAGCAGUAGCGGCGGCGACACUAGAGGUUGUAGCAAUAAUGGUACCAGCAACAGUGGGGCUACGAUCGACAACAGGGGCAACAAUGUUAACGAGAGGAGCAAGCUACCCGCAGGCCAUAAUACGAACAGUAGUACCAGCUGCAACGUGGCACUUCUCGAUUACUCCCAGCUACUACAUCAGCAGCAGCAACAGCGGACGGGACAGUGUCGUUCCGAGGACGAACCCGGCGAUGCUGAUAGUGUGCAACACAAAAGCGGCGCCAGUAUCGGUAAUGCUUUCACCAGCAACAGCAGAACCAGUGAUAGUGGCGAUCAACCCCAGCAACAGCAGCAUGUGACGGUGCUCGUUACUCCACCGUCGUCACGGAUCAAAAGUGAACAACCCACCACUGCCGCGGACGGCACCGGGACGAACGCCGCGGCCGCGGCGGAAGCUGUGGCAGCGGCAGCCACGACGCUGGUUACGUUGGGAAUGCGGAAGCAGCAAUCAGCGCUGCCUCCUCAGCUAGCUUCCUCGUCUGAGGUGACUGAUUCUUUCUCGGCAUCAUCGUCAUCGUCGUGUACAUCCACACCCGCGGCCACGAAAGUGGUCUGUUCCGACGCUGAUGCUACUGCGACUAACGACCACACUAACACCGUGAAUCCCCAGCGGGUCUAUCACCGCGACGCUAGCCACAGCAGCAGCAACCAGCAGAGUGCCGAGGGUGUGAACAUGGGCGAUAGUCAUCCGCUUCACAGACAACAGCACGUCAUGCAUUCGAUUGGCUCCGAUGGCUCCGUCGUACAAUCAUCCACAAUUAUGUCUUCAUCGCCCACGUCCACGGUCACGACGCCAUCGUCAUCCUUACCGCGCUUCCAACAUGCAGAAGUCUCCAUCGGCGGAGUCGGUACAUUGUCUACAAAGAUUUGUUCUAGUCAUGUUGCCUCUUCUGUGCCCAGUGGCGGCAACGGUGGUGGUGGUGCUGGUGUCCCCAGCCAGCAGCACAUUGUGGUGUCGUCCCAGCACAUGCUGCAAACUAUGCAACAUCAAAUACGCAUCAAACAGGAACGGCAACAGCACCAGCAACAGCAUCAGCAACAACAACAGGUGGUUGUGGCCAGUUCGGCGGUGAUUGCCGGCAAUCGCCAGAUGAGCAUUGCGAACGCGUCCAACCAUCAGGCCCCGCAACAUCAGCUGUUUAUCAAACGGGAGCGUGUUGGGAACAAUGUGUAUGUUUCCCAAACCUCCGUACCGACGGUUACGCGGCAGUCCGUCAGUCCGGCACCUGUAGGAAGCAGUACGCGUAGUAGUACCUCCCCCAUGCAACCACCUAUGUCACCGCAGCAGCAUCAGCAGCAACAACGGGAGCUGGGCAGCCCGGGCAACUCGACUGGUUCGCAACUUCAACAACAUCCCCCAACCUAUCCACACAUUAUCAUCAAGCGGGAGCGUCUGCCGCAGCAAACCCUUCACCAGCACCAUCACUCGCCAUCGAUGGCCAGUUCCGUCAGUGCCGCGAGCACGGUUGGCGAAAGUCGCACAGCGAACAGCACGACACCUUCGCUGGAGGCGCCGGCCACAACAACGACCGGAGGCGGAGGAACGGCCCAACUGCGUCAUCCGAUUCGGGAUGCUGCGAUAUUGUUUCGAGUAAAAAACGAAACCAAUUCCGCCCUUGCCCAGCCAAACGUAGCCCAGCUUGCGGUGUCGCAGUCCCACGAGCACCAGCAACAUUCCGUGUGGCCAGUUACUGCUACCCGCAUUAACGGUGUGAAGCCCGAAGUUAUUGGGGGUCCAUUGGUGCAGCCCAUACGAAGUAAGAUAUCUUCAUCAAUCCACCAACUUCAGCAGCAGCAGCAGCAACGACAGCAUCAGCAUCAUCGGCAGCAGCAACAGCAGCAUUCGCCUCAUCAACAUCAAUCACAACACUCACCGCAGCACCAUCAUAGCAGUCCGCGGACCAUAACGUCACAGACGUCACCACGCAACAACACUCCUACUGUGAUUAUGGGCGAAUCGUGUGGGGUUCGGACGAUGGUCUGGAGUUGCGAUGCCCAGUUGAACAUCCACAACGCUUCGCCCAGCCCCGGUGGAACCAUAGCUGGGCUGUCGCAAGGCACGGCGCCCGUCAUCAUAGCGAAUGCAGCUCAACAUCACCCGCUUCACCAACCAUCCAUGCCACAGGCGCAGCAGCAGCAAGCACCGAAUCUCCAGAGCAAUGGGACGCUGACGACGGCCGGCGUUGCCUCGAACAGUAGCAACAGCAGCUUCACCAGCAGCCACGCAUCCCCGAACAACAACAACGAAGAGGCCGCUCACCUGCUACUAAGCCUGGGUCAGUCCGUUGUGCCGACCACCAUAGCGGCUACGGUGGCUGCGGCUGCAGCGGCGGCCGCCGUUGCCGGCCAAGGGACAAACCAUCUUCGGAUCGGUUUACCGUUGAACAUGGAAAGGCUCUGGGCAGGAGACUACGGCCAGUUCCCCAAUGGCCAACAACAAGCUCAACAGCAACAGCAGCAGCAGCAGCAGCAGCAACAACAGCAGCAGCAUCAAUCGAAAUCAUUACAACAAACGCAGCAGCAACAACAGGCUCUCAACCUCACCGCACAACCGCAGCAUCUCGCUUGGAGCCUGGGAGGAAUCGGCGUUCCGAAAAAGGAAAUGCUCGACGAUAUGCCACCGGAGGAGGAUGAUCAACCGCUCGUGUGUAUGAUAUGCGAGGAUAAAGCGACCGGUUUGCACUACGGAAUCAUUACGUGCGAGGGUUGCAAAGGAUUUUUCAAACGGACUGUACAAAAUCGCCGCGUGUAUACUUGCGUUGCUGAUGGGACAUGCGAAAUUACGAAAGCCCAGCGUAACCGCUGUCAGUAUUGUAGAUUUAAAAAGUGUAUCGAACAGGGAAUGGUUCUGCAAGCGGUGCGAGAAGAUCGUAUGCCCGGUGGUCGUAACAGUGGCGCCGUCUACAAUUUGUACAAAGUUAAGUAUAAGAAACACAAAAAGAACAACCAAAAGACCAACGCUAACGCCAAGCUGCAUGGUGGAGCCGGUGCCAUAGGAAGUGCUGGUCCAGGUAUUACCAACCUCGGAAGCUCUGGUACCAGGGCACGUGGAAUCGGCGGUACUACGUUUGACGGCAGUGGACCUGGGUUUGGCUGUUUGGGCGACAGUCCCAAAUCGACCAACUUAUACCACCAGCAACCACACUACCCACAGCAACAGCAGCAGCAUCAGGCGCAUCAUCAUCUAUCGUCAACGACUUCACCGACGAUGGUGAAGUCGGAAGGUGCUAUGAACCUACCUGCGCAUUUGAUGAACGGAACCAUCCUCAAGACGGCACUUACGAAUCCGAGCGAAAUUUUGCAUUUACGACACCGAUUGGACAAUGCUGUUAGCUCUUCCAAGGAUCGCUCGAUAUCGUACGAGCAAGCCUUGACCAUGAUACAUACUCUAAUAGACUGUGAUGCUAUGGAGGACAUAGCGACCUUACCGCAUUUUAGUGAAUUUCUCGCCGACAAAUCGGAGAUCGGUGAUAAGUUGUGUAACAUAGGGGACUCAAUCGUGCACAAGCUGGUGUCGUGGACUAGAAAGCUACCUUUCUACAUGGAUAUACCAGUCGAGAUACACACCAAGCUGCUGACGGACAAAUGGCACGAGAUAUUAGUACUGACCACCGCCGCCUAUCAGGCUAUGCACGGCAAGAAAGGCUUUUCCAAUCUAACACAAACAUCGACCGGUAGCAGUGUGGUGCUGCUCGCCCCGGAUAAAACCGACACGGAAUUUGAAGAAGAGAUUACCUGUCAUUUGCACACACUUCAGUCCUGCCUUACGACCCUUAUGGGCCACCCGAUAUCUAUUGAGCAACUUAAGAUCGACGUUGGACAGAUGGUAGAAAAGAUGACGCAGAUCACCAUUAUGUUUCGUAGAAUCAAGCUAAAAAUGGAGGAGUACGUUUGUUUGAAAGUCUACAUUCUUCUGAAUAAAGAGGUGGAGCUGGAAAGUAUUCAGGAACGAUACAUUCAAGUACUUAGAAGCUAUCUGCAGCAUGCGAUGCCACACAAUCCAAAUCGGUUCAGCGAUCUUCUGUCUCAUAUUCCGGAGAUUCAAACCGCAGCUAGUUUGCUCCUGGAGAGCAAAAUGUUCUACGUUCCCUUCGUUCUGAACUCAGCAAACAUUAGGUAG